CCUCUGCUCCAUGUUCCUUUGUCCCUGUCUUGAUCUCCCCCCUUCAGUCACUUGCUCAAGAAAUCCCUCUCGAGUCCCCUGUUCUCAGGUUCCCACACCGUUCGUUUCCUCAAGGUCAUGCUUUGAUGCUUGCAGGAGCUGUUGCCGAACACAUGGAGGUGGAGUACCGGGAGGAGUACAUUAGGAACUCAAGAGGUGUGCGGCUCUUCACAUGCAGAUGGCUGCCCACUUCUUCUUCUUCACCGAAAGCCCUCGUCUUCCUCUGUCAUGGUCGUCAUGAUCUCUUCAUUCACAGGCUACUUGGUUGUCUUCGGUCCAUACAUAACAUCAUCUCAUUCUUGGUUGCAGGAUACGGCAUGGAAUGCAGUGGAUUCAUGAAAGGGUGCGGCACCAAGUUGGCGGCGGCCGGAUUCGGCGUGUUCGGCCUCGAUUAUGAGGGACACGGGAGGUCGAUGGGUGCCCGAUGCUACAUUAAAAAGUUCGAUAAUAUCGUCGCCGAUUGCGAUUGGUUCUUCAAAUCUGUUUGCGGAUCGUCGGAGAACCAAGACAAGUGUCGAUUUUUGUAUGGGGAGUCGAUGGGUGGCGCGGUGGCGCUCCUCCUCCAUCGGAAGGACCCGACUUUCUGGGAUGGUGCGGUUCUCGUGGCGCCGAUGUGUAAGAUAUCAGAGAAGGUGAAGCCUCAUCCGGUGGUGGUCAAUCUUCUAACUCGGAUAGAGGAGAUCAUACCCAAAUGGAAGAUUGUUCCUACCAAGGACGUCAUUGACUCUGCCUUCAAAGACCCAAUCAAGCGUGAAGAGAUUAGGAACAACAAGUUGAUCUACCAAGACAAGCCGCGGCUCAAGACCGCGCUGGAACUGCUUAGGACAAGCAUGAACCUCGAGAGCAGCUUAACCAUGGUGACGCUGCCCUUCUUCGUGCUCCACGGGGAGGCCGACACGGUGACCGACCCGGAGGUAAGCCGAGCGCUGUACGAGCGGGCCGGGAGCAGCGACAAGACCAUCAAGCUCUACCCGGGGAUGUGGCACGGGCUGACCGCCGGGGAGCCCGACGACAACGUGGAGGCCGUGUUCGCCGACAUCAUCGCGUGGCUGGACCGUCGGAGCGUCUGCGGGGCGCACGACCGGGUCGAUCGGUGGCAGAUGAAGGCGAACGGGGACGUGUGGAACGCCAGCCCCGAUUCGCCGGUGGGAGGGGGGCGGUGGUCGCGGCGACCCGGGAGGUUCCUCUGCGGGUGGAAGGGGCGGACGCAGCAUCACUCUGCCAUGUGAGAGAGAUUGUCAUGUGAUGACGAACAAGAAAUAACGAUACCAACAACAAUAAUUAUUAGUAUUUUCAAUUUUAGUAAUUUGUCGAACAAAUA